UAGUAUAGAGCAGCUCUAUGCGAAUUUACGUACAAAACAUUAUAUAGGUCAAUAUAAUUUAUACUUCUAUAAAAGCCAGUAAAUUUCAACUAUAAAUUGAUUUGUGCACUUUUAUAUAUAUAUACACGCCAAUAUAAUAUCAGUAUGAAUACUUAAACUAUAGAUAGAAACGCAGUCGAUUAUUUUUGCCUAACUCGAUUACAACGUCAUAGUAUCAUAGUUUAUAUUGUGUUAAAAUGUUUAAAUAAUUUAUAUUUCAACGGCGCGAGUGAGAAAUUUCAGUGUUUUGUUACUUUUUAUUUUACAUAAUAUUACCUAUAACAUACUAAUCUCGAAUACGAUAAUAAAGUAUAUAAAGUGAUAGUUACAAUUAUUUGAAGAUCUACUAAUGUGAAGUACCUACAAUGGUAUAGCUAAUCGCACACUCGGCGGUGGCGCCGCAUCGCACCACUGUCACCACCCGAAAUCGCGACCGCCGUCGGAACACGAUAAGAGCGGCCACGCGAGACGGGACGGGAUCGACCUUGAGCCGGGAAAACGAAAAAGCAGAAUAGAAAAAAUAACCAGCACAGCCGCCGUGCCGUCGAUCUAAUUAUUAUUAUUGUGCCGUGACGGCGGCGGUGGCCGAGAGGUGUCCGUCUCGGCCCCGUACCCCGCCGACGGGGGGCGGGAACGCAAUGCGCGCGGGCCAAUGAGCGUGCGCCGCCCCACCCACUGACCGGCGGCACCCGGCGCGGCGCCGCGUCGGUGAUCGGGAGCGCGCGCCGAACCUGAGGCCACCGUCGGCAUUGCAGAAACUGCACCGGUCGCACCCUGACGCCGCGCGUCUCACACCGAACACGUCGCGCGUGUCGUACGCCUCACGCGGUACACCUACUCUACGUUUUACUUACCGUCGUUUUAUAAUUUAUAUUUUAUUCGACGGCAUUAUAAUAUAUCAUCCUGACCGUUCUUUAUAUCAUUUCAUUCGUUCGUAGUGUUGACGUCUGCGAUGUGAAUUAUCACACGUUGUCGUCUUCGUAAUUAUACACAGAAAUUCUAUCGGUGCUCGCAAUGCGGUAUUUUCCUUGAUUUUUUAAUACAACACCGUAACAGCAAAGUGAUAUUAGGUCGGCAUAAAUUUUUUUUUUCCUGCUUCCCCUCGCACGCCACUGGGUUUUCGUAUUAUAUUAUAUCAACAUGGAAGCUGACGAUCCACGUCUGGCCGACGAAUACGUCAACGAGUUCGUGCUCGACCACCUGGACGUAUCGACGGUGAAACGCGAAAUGCAGUCGUCCGACUAUCACCACCAUCACCACCAACAGCCGCACCAGGAACAUGGAAGCCAUCACCAUCACCACCAGCACCACCAACAGCAACAGCAACAACAACAACACCCGCCUUGUAAUGGUGGCCGGGGGGCCGUCAGCGUUAGUGGCCGUCUGCCGCCCAUGCCCAUCACGGCCGUCAGUAACGGGCCUACGGCCACGGCGGCAGCGGCCACCGCAGCCACCGGAGCGGCCGCCGCCACGUUGGUACAAUCAUCGCCACCGCCGCCACACUACCUGCUCACGCCGCCGGGUUGCGAACAGGAAUACCCACACCACCACCCACUCAUCAGACACCAGCACGCUAUUAACCAAGUAAUCGACGGUGUGGGUGGCGCGGGUGCUGGAAUGGUGAUACACGGCCACGCGGUGGCAACGGCCGCGGCCGCUGCCGGCGUGCUGAUAACCGGAGGCGCGCCUGCGGUCAAAGUGUCGGGAGCCGAAACCGCGUCCGUCGGUUCCAUGAUGUACCCGAGCACGCCGGGCACACCGCCCGACACUCCGCCGGUGAGCUCAUCACCCCCGCCGUCCACGCCGAUUCGGCAACCAGUAUUUAUGGAAGAAAUGAUGUGGUUGACGCAGUCGUUGCGUCAGGGACAAGAGCCGUUAGAUUUGCGACCGAACUACGCGGGCUCCGAAGAAAUGCAGCAGCAACAGCACCAGCACCAGCACCAACACCACCCGCUCCACCAUCACCAUCACCACCACCAUCAUCAACAACAACAACAGCAGCAACAGCAGCAACAGCAGCAGCAGCAGCAGCAGCAGCAGCAGCAACAACAGCAACAACAACAGGAACGGCAAGAAGAUGAAGAACAACAACAACAGCAGCCAGAUUCGGCGGUCGCGGAGUGGAAUAUGGUGCAACACCAACACUUGACCGUCAUACAGCCGAGCAACAGCAAUAACAGUUGUUCGGCAGUUGGCGGGAAGGUGCCGUCUUUCGGUCGCCCGUCCCUCCUGAUGCAAGGGUUAUUGAGCCCGGGCUCGUCUAACAGUGUCGUCUACAAUUACGGGAAUGGCUGUUCGCUGUACCAGCCGCUGUUCUCGUCCCAACGACAGAUGUCCCAGCACCAGAACCGGCCUCUGAGCGUGUCAAGCGGUAGCGUCAUGUCGCCCGUGAGCUCCCGUGGCGGCGGCGGCAGCAGCGCGUACACGCGUAGCGGCGGCUCGUCCGACGACCUGAUCAACGACGCGCUGUUGCUGCAGCUGCCGGUCCGCGACCUCAACAAGCGGCUACAAGGCAUCUCCAAGGAGGAGAUUGCCCGGCUCAAGCAAAAGCGGCGAACGCUCAAAAACCGCGGGUACGCGCAGAGCUGCCGGACCAAGCGGAUGAACCAACGCAUCGAAUUGGAGAACGCCAACGAGAUACUGGCGACCGAGCUGCACAAGAUGAAAUCGGAGCUGUCACGCAUCACGCAGGAACGCGACAUGUACAAGCAGCGGUUUUCCGCGCUGGCCGCAGCCAGGGAAUCGAUGAGCGCCGCUACAGCGGCAGCUGUCGUCGCGGCCACUUCGUCGUCAUCGUCCACUUCGUCGGCGGCCGCGGCCGCUGCCCAGCACGUCGACAGUAGCUCCAAUUCGCCAGAACUCUAUCUGUGACAGACGAGGAGGUCGUACGCGUCUGCGCUUUGGAUAUCCAAGUGUCUACCAACGUCCGCCAACAAUAAUUACGGUUCACGAGCAUCGCGAACUUGAAAUCAUACACAGAUUAACUUCGAUAACAAAAGGAUAAGACUAAUAAAGUAAUUUGUUUUGUUUUGUUUUUUUUUUUCAGUAGUUAUAUAUUUAUAUUUAAUAGUGCCUAUGCGAUUUUUUUUUUUGAAUUUUUUUUUUUGUUAUUGUACAGUAAAAAUAUUUCUGUUUUCUUCUCAACGCCAAAAGACUUUUCCCGAAAUGUAUACCAACGUAUACAAUAAUAUAAUAUAUUAUGAUCGGCGUAAGCUUAAUAAUAAUAAUUAUAAUAAUAUUCCAACUCGUACAUAGGUACUUGUUAUGUUAUCACACUAUAAAUUUAUAACAUGUAAGUACAACUGAAUCGUAUCUACCGAGAAAGACGUGUAAGACUUUUCUCGUUUACAACGUACAGUUAAAAUUGCUUUAUUUUUGUCAUUAUUAUAAUUAAAAGGUAUAUAAUAUAGGUGUUUAACCUAUAUUAUACCUAAGUGUUUGAAUUUCGAGAGAAUAGUAAUAUUGUUUGUACAUAACCAAUGUAAUAUUUUGAAAAUUUUAUAGUUACCCGGAAAACCGAAAUCGUUACAGCAUCUAUAUAUAUAGGUAUAGCAUCAGUUUCUACGAUAUUAUUACAUUACACACAAAAUUCACACAUAGACAUAAUACGCAUUACUUUUUCAGUACGACGUCAAUUUCUUAAUUACCAUCAUUUUGUAAAAUUAUUCCAUUCCGCGGUCGCCUAAAAACCACACCCACUCCGCUCGCGUACAUAUCAUCAAUAUUUAUUUUGAACACAGAACGUUGUUAUUUUUAUUUUCGAUAAUUAUCAUCCGAGAUACGCGAUAACUACGGUGAAAAUAUUUUUCACUCCAAACACCAUCGCAGUUGGCGCUUUUCCAAACAUAUUUCUUUUACGGCCUAUUGACCGCUUUGAGUAGUCACUUUUCAACCAUAUUAUACAUUAUAAUGCUACAUUAUAUAGUGCCCACACUUCUACAAUACACUGCUACACUUAAGGUUCGAGAUUUUUCAGUAUAAAUUACACGGUUUAUAUGUGCUUCUCCGGUACGCAGCGCAUACAAAAUAAUGACAAAAUUAUUAAAACGAAAUUUUUUUUCUUCGCUCGUUCCAGUUUAAAACAGUAAUUAAAAUACGCUUCACUAAAUUAUUGUCCUUGGUUUUAUUUUGAACUCAACCCCGCGAUCUGGCCUAUAAUAAUAUGUAUAUUUUAGACUCGAUGAGCAUAAAAUAAUAUGUUGUACAUUAGCUAUGUAUAUGUUUAGAUGAUUACGAAGUACUAAAUAUCAAAAACCGAACACCCGUUUGUGUACAGAUGUUUUUUCCAUAAAUAUAUAUCAUUUGUUUAUUAUUAUUAUAAUUAUUAUUAAUACGCCGUUAUUAAAGUAACAUUAAAAACGUUAAAACUAAGUAAUUGUAAGACGCGACUUAAACUGGGCGCAGAAACGUACAAAGUGCUGUUUCGCAUAUUAUAUUUAUUGGCCCACGCCACAGUAAUGUACACGCACAGACAUCUGUUAAGUAAAUAGUGCUAAAAUGUUUAUUUUUAUUUUGAUUAUUAUUAUUAUUAUUAUUACUAUUUUUUUUUUUUUAUGAAAAUGGAAGACAGUUAGAACUUAGAAACGUUGAGAGUUAAGAUUCUAAAAAUAUAUUUAAUGUCUCGUCUUGGGUACUUUAAAAUCUAUGAUGGUUGAUAUUAUACUUAAAUAAUAUUUGGUGUUACAUCUAUCUCCACACAUUACCGCUGAACCACCUCUAUUCAUUUGACUUCUUCCGAAUUAUCCAGGAAAAUAAAUAUCAGUGCCAUUUUUGUAUACAAUAUAUAAACCUGCUCUAACGCUUAAUAAUGACUGCGAGUGAAAUUUUAAUGAUUAUUUAUGUAGUAAUUUUCAAUGUUCCAAUGGCGUGGAUAGUUUGCGUGAAUGAUAUUUGUCAUACAUUUGGCUCAUGCAAUUAUCUGUACACGGAAACUAAUAUAUGUUAGCUGAUAUAAAGAAAGAAUUUAAAAAUAUAUAUUUUU